AUGACACAACUAUUUGAUUUAAUUAGUUUUCCACCAUUUAAAUUAAAAGAUACUAUUAAUGUUCCAAUAUACCAAGCAUUAACAAGAGUUAUUUGUUCACAAUUUGGAACUGUUUAUCCAUCAAUACAACCCUCACUCAAACUUAUAGAAAAUUUAAGAGACAAACUUGUUAACUCUAAUAACCCUGAGAUAGUUAUCAAAAAUGGAACGGAUUACUAUAAUUAUCUCAACCUUUUAAUUCAUAGAAUUGAUUUAAACUCAAAUACUCUUCAAGUAAACUUUAAGUGGUCAGACACAUUAAAAAGGAUAAUAAUUGUAGUUCUUCAUUAA